AUGGGAGAUUGCGAACAAGUAACUGGAAAAGGGAAAGCCAAGAAAGAUUAUAGUGCUUGGAGUGUGGAAGAGAGCAAAAUGUUGUUGCAGCUCAUGGUUGAUGCUGCAUCUCGUGAAUGGCGUGAUGCCAAUGGCGUGCUAAGCAAGGCAACUGUAGAAACUAAAAUACUUCUCAUCCUUAAUGAAAAACUUAGGUGUCAGAAAACCUAUUGUCAUUACCAAAGUGGGACUCAACCACAAAGGACUUUGUUUAUGAUAAUGACACUCAGGCCUUUGUACCAAAUCAUAAUGAAGCAUCAUAAGAAGAUCCACCACUCGAACAUUCUUCUUCAUCCUUACCUUUUCAGGCCAAUAUUUGGACAGGUCCCUCAGAAAGCUCAAGCCAGAGGAAAUGAACUAGACCAGAGCAUGAAGGGAAUGGUAGCCAAUAUGAGACAUGUAUGGACAUAA